AUGAUGCAGUGGACGUCGCUGGUUCAGAAAGCUCAGUCCUUCAUUGACCCGGCCAACUUCACCAUCCCAAACCUCACCUCAUCCUCCGACCGAAACCCUUCGAAAUCAUCCCUCUUCCGCCAGCAAUUCCGACUUCCUGACUCGCAAAAUCCGUUGCAAGAAAUUACAGCUGAGCUCAUACUCCCUGUAUCGCACACAUCGUCUUCUGCUUCCGGCGCCCAAUCGAAGAACAUCGACCGCGGUGGCAAUCGAUAUGCGGGUAGACUGCAUCUGAGCGAACGAUUUCUCUGCUUCUCGACACAGCCCACCAGCUUCCUUCCUUCUGCCACUCUAGCCACUUCGACAUAUUGGGCUGGCCAGACGAACGGUACCGGGCCGUCUGGCAAUGGAUUUACAAUCCCUCUGUGUUCGAUUCGCCGGGUGGAGCGGUUGAACAGUCAGAGCCAUAUUUUUUCUCUAGCCUUGACCACCUGGAAUGGAGCGCUGGGCAAACAGCAGGCGCCUGGAUUCACACCCCAGAGGUUUACCAUCGAGCUGGUCGGGAGCAGGCAGGCCUGCGAACGAUUCUGCGAUGGUUUGAAGAAGAACUUACGCGAAUCUAUGAAGGAGAUUGAGAACCUGCGUUUGGUGGUAAAUGACUGCUAUUCCGAGUAUCUCCUGUCGGGCGCCAAGUCAAAGGCCCAGUCAGCUGAUGACCCUGAAGCGAGGCCACCCCCGGAUGCCGGACUGGGAAUGCUGUUUCGCUAUCCGGGUGAUGCCCGCAAACUCAGGGAUCGGAGCAAGAUGAGGCUCUGGGGAGAAUAUUUCCGAGAAAAUGGCCGCAAUGCUACGUUAAUCCGGCAACCUACCUUCCAUAAACUCAUACGCGUUGGUCUCCCCAACCGGCUUCGGGGCGAGAUCUGGGAGGUGGCCUCCGGUUCACUGAACCUGCGGCUGCGGUCGCCGAAACUUUACGAGCAGACUUUAGCGAAAUUCGAAGGCCAGGAGUCGUUGGCGAUCGACGAGAUAGAGAAAGACUUGAAUCGCAGCUUACCCGAGUAUGCGGGCUUCCAGAGCGAGGAAGGCAUAGGUCGUCUUCGAAGAGUCUUGACUGCCUACAGUUGGACGAACGCUGAGAUUGGCUACUGUCAAGCAAUGAACAUUGUUGUCGCAGCAUUAUUGAUAUACAUGUCAGAAGCCCAAGCCUUCUUUCUACUCUCUGUUCUGUGCGACCGUUUAGUGCCGGGAUAUUACUCGACCACCAUGUAUGGCACAUUGCUUGACCAGAAGGUGUUUGAGUCGCUUGUUGAGAAGACUAUGCCGAUUCUUUGGGACCAUCUGAACAAAUCUGAUGUCCAGCUGUCUGUGGUCUCUCUUCCCUGGUUCCUUUCUUUGUAUAUCAACUCCAUGCCCCUGGUGUUUGCCUUUAGAGUCCUCGAUGUUUUCUUCUUGGAAGGACCGAAAGUGCUCUUCCAGGUCGGAUUAGCAAUUCUCCGCAUCAACGGGGAGGAACUUCUUGACGUUCAGGAUGACGGGUCUUUUAUUUCAGUCUUAAAAUCCUACUUUUCACGCCUUGACGAGUCGGCUCAUCCACGGUCCGAGAAUCCAAAGCUCAGAGCUAUCACGCGGUUCCAGGAGUUGAUGGUGGUCGCUUUCAAAGAGUUCUCUCAAAUCACUCAUCAGACCAUCACCGAACAGCGUGAGAAGCACAAAGAUGCAGUUUUAGAGAAUAUCGAAAGCUUUGCUAAGCGCACAUCGAUACGAAAUCUCGGCCCUGAAAGCAAGAAAUUGAGUUCAGACGAUUUAGGAGCAAUCUAUGACCGCUAUUACGAAGUUCUCUAUGACUACCAGCAAAGGCAAAAGGUUAUCGAGGAGGAGAAGAAGCGGCAGGAGAGAAAGAAGUCGCAACGCGUUUCUGUUAUUGGACCGUCGGUGGACCGUGAAGUUGGCCGUGUGGGCCUUGGUCCUAGCCCAACUCAUAUGGAUUACAAUGCCUUCCGAGAGUUCCUCGCCGCAACCGCAAAAUGGGCUAUAGCUGAUUCUCCAGGUCCCUCCCGAAAGCAAUCCGACUCGGGCAGCUUCCGAGGACUGGGAAGACCUACCAUGAACAAACGGCCGUCGCCGGCCGACCAUGAAUUCAUGCAGCGCUUGUUUCGCAAGUGGUCAACUGACCCAGAUGAUGGCUUAAGUCUGCAGGAUGUUGUCAACGGCAUUGCACGUCUGAAAGGGCCGCGAGAUAUUAUGAACAAUAUCACUUAUUUUUUUGACCUUUAUGACGACAACGGGGAUGGCAAGGUUGAUAGAGAGGGUAUUCUUCGAAUGUCAGAAGCGCUGCUCUUUCUCUCCCGGCGGGGAUUCGACGGAACCAUCACCCCCAGUCAGAGCACUGAAAAUUUAAUGCCAGGCAAAGAAGAAGAUAAACUCAGCACGGGCGAGCGGUUUCUGGGAAGUGUGAGCUCCUUCAUACGGCGCUGCUUUGAAUAUGCCGACCCUACCAAAAAGACAUUAGAAGCUGAAAAAUUAGCCGAAACAACGGACAACCUCAACUCGUUCAGUAUUGGAGAUGAUGAGGAGGAUUUGAUAGACGUGGGUGACGACGAGGUAAAAUCCGAGUCAACCCCAAGCCCUGAGGGUGAAACGCCCGGGACGCCUUCCUUGGAGCCAACAGAACGCAAGCGUGCUCGAAGCACAUCUGAGGCGGCAAAUCCGGCUCUCGACCCCAACAACCCUCUGCAUAUCACCCUUCCCACUUUCCGGAUGGUUGUUCUAGCAGACGAAUUACUAGAGCAGUUCUUCGACAAUUACUUCCCCCAGUCCUUCCAUCUUUCCGAGCAAGGCGCGGCCGCCGCGCAACUCCCGUCCCUGUCCUCAAACCUCACAACAUUCUCUAACAUUGGAGCUGCCAAACAACAGCCAACAUCUUCUGGCCCCACAGUCGCAGGCGCCUCCGGUGGCAUCGUCCCACCAAACCGGGGACUCCGUGGCGUUUUGGAUAAUAUUGUCACUGACGGAAUCCGCAUGGCAGCCGAGGUGAAGAAGCGGAUGGACGAGGCCCAGCGCGAGCUGGAACGCAAUGCCCUUAAUCGCGACGAUGAUGACGAAGAUGAUGAGGACGACGACGGCCAUCAUGGCACCGCCCCAGCCAUUGUUGGUGGGAUUUCAUCCUGGGGUGCAGGCGCUUACGGUGCCGAUCCUGAGCGGCGCAGCGUUCGGGAAACGGAUCGGGAUCUGUUGGAAGGAGCGGAGGUUGUUAAUAUCCGCGGAAAGGAUGAUGUAUCUCUCUUGGAUGACAAAGACUCUCAUCAAGAAAGCAGUAGCGGUCAACGUACCGCCGCAGGCUCGGAUGAUAAAGUUGUCAGCAAGGUUGUGGAGUUCGAGUCUUGA